AUGAAUAAUCAGGUUCACUUUUCCUUUAAGUCUUUUAAAGUUAUUGAUUUAUUAGAAGAUUCUUUAACUUAUUAUUCAAAGCGAAUUUCAUUAAUAUAUAAUAUUGACAAGUUUUCAUAAAUUAUUCUUAAUCCAAAAUCAAUAACUUAAUUAAAGAAAAAUCAAGAAUAAACUUUACAAAUUUUAUUUUCAAAGAAACAUAAGAAGGAAGAUUUAGAAUUCAAGAUUAAUUGUUAUGAUCCAUAAAUUAAAAAAUAAAUUUCUUAUGAAAUUAAAAUUAAUCUAAAAAGCUCCAAAAUAAUGGAUAUUUUCGGUAAAACACCUGCUCAUAGACUGAUAAGAUAUUAUAAAAAAUCGAUAUCCUAAUAAGCUAAAUAAAUGGAUAUAGUUAAGGUAAAUCAAAAAUCCCUAAAAAAUUUAGAUAUUAUAAAUUUUUCAUUAGAAAAUCAAAUUCUGUGUUUGAAAACAGCAUUUAUUUGUGAAGUCUUAAAUGAAAAAAUUUGUAAGAAUUAAUUAAGAAAAAGCUCGAGUUUAAACCAUAAUCAAAACAUGUAUAUCAAAGAAAUGCUGUAGAUAAGCUAAACUAUAAAAAAAUCUGUAUAGGCGGAAAAACAAGAUUAAUUAUUUGGUAUCAAAAGUUUAAUGUAACAAUUGCCAUUGGUAAGGAGAAUUAAGAUGGAUUCUCAUGAGGAAGAAGAUACUCAAAAAAUAAAUUAUUAAGAUUUAUUAAAUAUUUCAAAUAAUAAGUAGAAUAUUAAUGAUUCUGAAGAGCUUAUACUAAGUAAGAAAUGCUUAAAAAUGGAAGAAAGAGAAGUAUCUAAUGUGCUAUAAAGCCAAAAAUACUUUAAGAGGAUUAGCAAAUGUUAUCAAAUUUAGAAUUAAUUGACUGCUUGUAAGCAAAUGGUAGUUUCCUCUUAGAAACACAUAUUGAAGAUUAAUUAAAAUUAGGUAAAAUAGAUAAUAAAUAUUAUUUAGAAGAUUUAUAUUGGCCAACAAUGGUUUCCCUUUUAUUUAAAAUUAUUUUGUCAGGAUUCUAAGAGUCCUUGGUAAUUAUUUAAUAAAGCCAUAAAUUAUUUGUAAAAGAAAGGAGUUAAUUAUUUAUUGAAAAAAGAGAGAGCAUUUCAGAUUAUGAAAAACUUUUUAACAAUGCAAAAGUUAGAAAUAUAAAAUUAAAUUAUAUUCUAAACAAACAAAUUAAUUAAGAUCAUUUUAUUUUAUUGA